GGCGGCGCCCAUCGGCGUCCACCUGCUCGUCCGCGGAGAAAUCUGUCCCUGUGGGUGUUCACUUGGAUUCUGAAAAUGGAGCUGGGAUGUUAAAGUGGUUUCUGAAUAAAUAAUGAAACAUGUGUUCAAAGUCUGCAACUCUUCCUUCUCCUUAACCACAUCCUAGAUAACCCGCCAAUGCUGAAAGGUUGCUGUAGGCCGAUACUCCUCCAACUUGUGUGUGCAUCAGAAUCGCCCUGAGGGCUUUUAAAGCACAGAUCGCUGGCCUCAUCCCAGAGUCUCUGAAUCAGCAGCAGCCCAGGAAUUUGCAUCUUUUUCUAUACCAUGCUGAUCCUGCUGUUCUGGGUACCACAUAUGGAGAACCAGUGCUCUAGAUGGAGAGUCUGCAACUUCUGUAAAGGGCCAGGUUGUCAUAGAAUUUUCUCUUCACCACUCAAUCAUAUCUACUUGCACAAGCAGUCAAGCAGUCAACAAAGAAGAAAUUUCUUUUUCUGGAGACAAAGAGAUAUUUCACACAGUGUAGUUUUGCCGGCUACAGUUUCUUCAGCUCAUCCAGUCCCUAAGCACAUAAAGAAGCCAGACUAUGUGACGACAGGCAUUGUACCCGACUGGGGAGACAGCAUAGAAGUUAAGAAUGAAGAUCAGAUUCAAGGGCUUCGUCAAGCUUGUCAGCUGGCCCGUCAUGUCCUCCUCCUGGCUGGGAAGAGUUUAAAGGUUGACAUGACAACUGAAGAGAUAGAUGCUCUUGUUCAUCGGGAAAUCAUCAGUCAUGAUGCCUAUCCCUCACCUCUAGGCUAUGGAGGUUUCCCAAAAUCUAUUUGUACCUCUGUAAACAACGUGCUAUGUCAUGGUAUCCCUGACAGUCGACCUCUUCAGGAUGGAGAUAUUAUCAACAUUGAUGUCACGGUCUAUUACAAUGGCUACCAUGGAGACACCUCAGAAACCUUUUUGGUGGGCAAUGUGGACGAAUGUGGUAAAAAGUUAGUGGCUGUUGCCAGGAGGUGUAGAGAUGAAGCGAUUGCAGCUUGCAGAGCAGGGGCUCCCUUCUCUGUAAUUGGAAACACAAUCAGCCACAUAACUCAUCAGAAUGGUUUGCAAGUCUGUCCACAUUUUGUGGGACAUGGGAUAGGAUCUUACUUUCAUGGACAUCCAGAAAUUUGGCACCAUGCAAAUGACAACGAUCUACUCAUGGAAGAGGGAAUGGCCUUCACCAUAGAGCCAAUCAUAACCGAGGGGUCCCCUGAAUUUAAAGUUCUGGAGGACUCAUGGACUGUGGUCUCCCUGGACAAUCAAAGGUCCGCCCAGUUCGAGCACACAGUUGUCAUCACGUCGGGGGGUGCUCAGAUCCUGACCAAACUGCCCCAUGAGGCCUGAGGAAGGGCCCCAACGUCGCAGAGGCUGGGCCCCUCUUCCCCUAAAUUGCUGAAAUCCAGCUGGAGAACUUUUAGAAGAAACGUGUGGACGGCAGGUUGUGCAGCAGCCAACCUAGUACCUAGAAGGGUCUUGGAAAACUCGGUGGGGAUCAGAGGCGUUUGAAAGCUCAGAUCCGAAGCCCUGCCCGGCUACAGAAACUGAUCUUGGCGCCGGGCUCGGCUUCCCAGCUCCGGACACAUUUCCGGAGGGGUAUGGGGACGCCCUCCUUUGGAAGAUGUGGGGUUGCUAGCGGUGCAUGUUUUUCUCUUUCCCUUGCUUUGACAAUGCCCAAGUAAAAAUCUCUCACCUCCUAAA